AACAUGCUUUUCAAACAAAAUUUAUAAUAUUUUUGGUAUUCUUGGUUUGAUCAUUUAGAUAGAGUAGCCUAUCAAUUAACCAGUAAUAACAAUGGUUAAGUAGUAAAUAGUAAUCGUUCUAUUUUUGUACGUUUUCCCGUGUAUUAUUGCUUAUAGUUAAUACUGUUAAUAGUUUGUAAUGUUUGUAUUUGUAUGGGUACAACGGUUCAGUGUUCAGUUAUAACUUAUAAUUUGCACUUUAGCUUGCUUUCGAUGAUUCCAGAUUUCUGAUUUGUAUGGAUAUUAUUACUCACUGACCACUGUUGUAAAAUAGUAUGGCAUAUUAACUAAUAACUUUUAAACUCUUGAAGAUUAAUAAUUUUGGCCACGGCUAUUGUAUACAUUUAACACCAUGAAUCGUACUAAUAAGAUUCCUUUUUGUUCUCGAUGUCAUACAAAUUACCAUAUUGGAGAUGUAAAUGGAUCAAAGGUUCCGAUGUUGUUAGCUUGUGGACAUGACAUGUGUAGAAGUUGUAUUAAGUUCAUGUUCAGGAAGAAGAAACAAGUUAUUUGUGAAAUUUGUAAAACUGAUAGCACGAUUAAAUGUGAUGAUGAAUUGACGAACAUACCAAUACACUAUUUUUUAGUUGGUAAAGUAUGGCAUUUAUCACAUAACAGAAAGCUUAAAAUACAUCAAGAUAUUUCUAAUCUAAGAAUGACAGAUUUACCCUCAGAGUCUUUAAACAAAAUUGAAGAAAAUUGUCAAACUUGUCAAAAAUAUGCAGAUUUCUUUUGUCAACAAUGCAAUGAGGUAUAUUGUAAAGAUUGUUGUCAAGAGAUUCAUUUUGAAAAUCAAAUAAUGUUACAACAUGAUUUAAAAAAAUUAGAUACCACACACCUCAAAUUUCUCCAAGCAUCGAAAUGUGAUCUUCAUUUGAAAUUAAUUGAUUUUAUUUGUAUUACAUGUGAUAGACAAAUGUGUUCAAUUUGUGCUAUUGAUAAUCACCGACAUCAUGAUGUUCAAGAUUUAAAAAAAUAUAAUAUGAGCCAAAUACAAAGCUUAAAUGAAUAUUUAUUGAAAGGAGACAUUUUACUUAAAAAGUUGAAACAUUAUAGAGAUAAAUUCAAUGAUAAAGUAAAAAAAUACCGAUGUCAUAAUUUGAAGAAAAAUAAGAGCUUUGAUCACAUAAAACGACUUUUGUCAACGUACGUUUCGUCUGUAAUUGGUGCUUUCCAAUGUUUUGAACAACAGUUAUUUAAUGUGAUGGAUCAAGCCGAAGAGUCUUCCGCCAAUUCUAUGAUCCAAAUAGUCGACCAAUUAAACAGUUUCAUAGAAAAACUGCAAACCAAAUUGAAUAUUGUGGAUGUGCUGUUGAAGAACAAUCAGUAUUCGUCUAAUGCGAUUAUGGAUUACAUUUCCGACAUUAAAUGCAUGCUGGAUACGACUUAUUACUUAGCUAAGAAGAGUAUAACCAAACCAUCAAUCAAGUUUAAUUUUAAUAUUUUCAACACCAUCCAACAGUCUGUGAACUUCAAUAUCGAUUUAUCCGACCGUUACGUACUGGGAUGUUCGCCUCACUUUUUGCCCGAAUACACCCUAACCGCGAUGAUUGGAUUAAACUCAGAUGACAACUCGUUGGCCGAAAGACCGCCGUCAUCCGUUUCUAGUAUGUUGUCCUGCUACAGCAAUUAUUCGGCUUUUUCCGGAAACACCACCUCCGCUUCCGGUGACGCCGCCGCUUCUUCUAAUGACGCCACCACCAAUUCUGAUAAUGCCUUUGCUGCCAGUGAUUCCAUCUCAACUUCCAUCGUUGACAGUCCACCGCAAUCGCAGGUCAUCAAGGAGAUCGUGAGAUCCAAAAUUGAACCCGUGAUCGUGUCACACAUUAACAGCCCGUCUGACUUCUACUUACAACUUGUUGCUAACAAGGCGGUGUUAUAUAUGGUUGACGACAAUGUAAACAAACACGUCAAGUCAGAAGACGGCGCUGUACCGGUAGAUCACGUGGAAAUGGACAACACUGUGUAUGCUGUACAAACAUCAACUAAUGAAUGGCACCGAGGUGUUGUUCUCCAUUCCUACAAUGAAGAUGGUAAAGAUUUAUUUAGAGUUCACUUUAUUGACUAUGGUUUCAUGGAGAUAUUAACAGCUGACAGAAUUAGAAGUGUGCCGUCAAGUGUUGUCUCAAUACCAUCAUUAGCCUACAAUUGUGCUUUCUACGAUUUGAAGCCAAAAUCAACAACUGGAUGGUCAAACGAAGCAUACAUAUUAUUCAGUGAUUUAAUGUUAGUAAAGACAGGUUCAUUUUUUGUGUACCCUUUGAAUUUAAAUGGCCAACGUAUCGAAGUUGAUGUAGUGUGGAAAGAAGAGAAUUAUCCACUGUCCAUACGUGAUGCUAUGUUUUUUUUGGGAUUUGGAUCUUAUGAGUAUUAUGUAAACAAAACAUUACAUGAACAACUUGUAAAAAUGAUAACAUUACCUGAUAGUUUAAAACUAGAAGAAAAAGAAAGAUAUCCUGUAGUUCUAUGUCACGUCAUUUCACCGACAGAGUUUUAUUUGCGAACAACUGAUGAUACUGCCCAAUUAGAAGAAGUCAUGGAUGCACUGAAAACAAUAUACACACCUACUGCAAAAAAUACACAUAAGAGCUAUUUAUUAUAUACGCCACAAAUUGGUAUGGCUGUUGCAGCUAGAUAUUCUCUUGACGGUGUUUGGUAUCGCGCAAAAAUAACAAGUUUGCCUGAAUCGCGCUUGGUUACUGUUUUUUAUAUAGAUUUUGGCAAUUCAGAAACAUUGCCAUGGAAUGAGUUAAGAGUACUCGAUAAAGAACUCAUUAAAACACCACCACUUGCAAUAAAAGCUUCAUUGGCAGAUGUUUAUCCUGCUGUAGAUGGUAUAGAAAGCACCAAAUGGAGUGACAAUGCUUAUGCUGCAUUUUUAAAAUUUUCAAAGAUUGAUUAUGCUGAGGAUAACUUGAUAGCUUUCAUACAUGAAGUUGAUGGCGACACCCACAAAAUUGUUUUAUAUAAUCAUACAUCAAGAACUGAGUUUUGCUUGAACAGUCAACUUGUAUCUCAAGGUUACGCUACUACAGUGGAUCCUGGAUUAUGUGUAUUUAAGAAAAAAAAUAUAAGAAAACAAAUGAAGCUACCAGUGUUACAUGUAAACUGUAGAAAUAAAGAAGUAAUAUUACCAAAUGAUGACCCUUUAUCAUUCAUUAAGCAGCGGUCAGUUACUGAAAAUGAAAAUCAUGAUUGGAAAAAUAAAGAUAAUAAAAAGAAAUUUCCUGGUGUCCCAAUGACAAUCAUUAAAGUUGUCAGUCCUGAUGAAAUAAUAUUAAAAAAAAUGAAUUACAAUACUGAGAAACUAACUGGAAAUAUGAACAAAGUCUAUGCUAAUAAAAAAAAGAAGACACAAAAAUUAGUUUGGAAAAUAAAUGAUUUAUGUGCAAUAUUUAUUAAUAAAUAUGGAAAUUGGUAUAGAGGAAAAAUUUUAAAUAUAGAUUUAAUAAAACAAUUAGUUACAGUUUAUUUAUAUGACUUAAAUGAAACAAUUGACAAAAUAUCUAUUAAAUCUUUACAUAUACUUGAAGAAAAUUGUGCUAAAGAGAAGUGUGGAAUUCUGCACUGUGGUUUGUACAAUUUAGUUCCUUUGGGUGCUUCAAAUGGAAUAUGGCCUAAAUUUACUUGUGAUCGUUUGAUUGAAAAAUUAAAAAAAUAUCCUCUAGUAUAUUUUUCAAGAAUGAAUGCAAAAGAACAGGAUAUUGCCUUAGGAGAUAUAUGGGUCAGAGAAAUAAAAAUGCCACGAGCUUUGGAACCAUUACAUGAACGUUGGAUUAGCAUGAGCAGAUUUAUGAUAGAACAAGGUUUUGCUUUAAAUAAUAAACAAGAUAAAAAGGAUGGUGGAUAUUCAGACUCUCAAUCAGAAUCCGAAUUCAAUUACUCUAUUGAAACUAUAGAAAAUGAUAAAUUUGUUAACUGUUGGCUACCUCCUGCCUGUUUGGACAAAUCUGAAUUUAAUGCUGUUGUAACCAAUGUUGAUAUGGAAUGCCACAUCUAUUUACAAAAUAUGGAUAAUGAAACCCCUCAAUUAUUACAGCUUGUUUCAAAUGAAUUGAAUGAAAUGUUUUCUAAUAGCCAACCAGAACCAUUCAAUAUGCAAUGGAGUGAAGGACAAUCGGUUAUAGUUCAAUACCAUCUAGACAAUAUGUGGUACCGAGGAACGAUUUUAAAAAAAGAUGAAAAUGGAGAGUUCUCCGUACUGUUUAAUGAUUAUGGCAAUGUCGAAACAUGUACGCACGAAAAACUUAGGUCCACCUUGUACAUGACCGACGUCCCUCAACUGUGCGUCAAGGGAUACUUCAGCACUAUUUUACCGAUUACGAAAAGCGGAAAAUGGCCAUUACCGUCACUCGAUUUUAUACACUACUUGCUUGUCGGAAAAACGUGUAAAAUAACUAUUGACAAAAGUCUGACAACCGACGAUAUCUAUGCAAUCAAGUUUAUGAAAGAAAUUCAAGACCAUAUUGACGUGUGUCAAUAUCUGGUGACAAACAAAUUUGCAUUCUUCGAGUAUGUAUCGUCGUCGAUCAUUGAUUUGGUCCCGGACGAUGAAAAUAAUUUUCACGCGACUGAUGAUAGUAACUACGAUGAUUAUGGACAAACCAACGAUGACAGUGAACAAACCAACGGCGACGGUGGACAGACCAACGGCGACGGUGGACAGACCAACGGCGACGGUGGACAGACCAACGACGACGAUGGACAAACUUACGUUGAGUACGAAUCAAUCUUUGACAAUGCAACAAUGAUGACGACGUAUUCGGUAGACGAUGAGCAAGGGAACAAUGUUAGUACGCUGAACACAUCAGCGGUGAUGUUAGACGACGGCGAGGAAUCCGAUUACUUGAAGUUCUGUCUGGAAGUCAACGAAGUAAUCGAGGGCACCAUGUGCCGCAUUAACGGACCAACUAGCUUCACGUUGAUGAUAACAAAGAUCGGCGGUGCCGACUUUAGCGUCGCCAAGAACCAAAUGUACAACAUGAUAUAUGAUAAAUGCGGCACUCUGCCACCACUCGACCACGUCGUACCAGGCCGUGCUGUCGUCGUUUUUCACAACGGGCUGUGGAAACGCGGUAUCAUUGAAAAUGGUGGAAACUCGGUGUUGUUAGUCGACUUUGGCAUAUCCAUCAAGUUGAUAAAAAAAAAUCUAAGACCGUGUCCCGCAGAGCUUUUCCAAUUCCCGAUGUUCACGAUCGACUGUCAGCUGGUAAAUGUCAGACUGGGCGACGACGCCUACGCCAAAGACGUCGUUGAUAAAUUGUCGAAAACGUUGAGGGGCAUCAAUUUAAAGAUCGUCGGAAUCAGCGAAUCGGACAACGACGUCGUUGGCGUGGAGUUGUAUAACAGCAAAGAAGAAAUUGCAUACCAGCCGCUGAUCGACGCCAAAUUACUAAUUCCCGCGUGAUGAGUUUUUAAUUUGAAACUCGUCCGCGAUAACGUCGAUUUAACCGCACGUUUGCUCAUAGUAUGCUAAGUUACUUAAAAGACAAUUUUGUUGAUUUAUUGAAAUUAUGUAACCCACGGUGAAACGUAUUGAUUUUGUAUUUUAAUAUAAUACACUCGCGGUCGGUCUUAUGAUUGUCGCUCGUGGACUACCUAUACUAAGACAAUCGCCUGUAAUUUUAUAUAUUUCGAUUUGCGAAAAAAAAAACGAGCUUAUUAUUAUCUAUGAAUAUAUAUACUUUUAUUAGAUUUACUGUUAUUCGUGAUUCGUUUGAAGUACCUACAUCAAACGAAUACUAAUAGACUAACUGUUUUUGUUACAUUUAAUGAAAAUUUUUUAUAUAUAUAUAAUUUUUUUUAAUUAAUUAAUUUCUUUU